CGACGUUUCCAAGAUGGCGAGAAAAAAUACAAGAAUCGUAAAUGAGUAAACAAACAGUUUAAAAUAGGAUUGGAACAGAUAUAAAAAUGCCUCUGGGACCAUUUGGAGAGGUUGUGGGUACCACAGGUACCUUGAACUGUUUAGGUCCUGAUGGGCAACAUUACAAGUCAAAGGUCAUUGCUCCAAGAAAUCCCAAAUUAGUAAAAGGAGAUGGACCAAUAUUUAAGUUGACACCAAGUAAAUAUAUGUUUGAUAUGUCAAUGAACACAGAACAGAAACUUGCCAACACUCAUAUAAUGAAAAUACCACGGAAGACAGAAUUACUCGACAUGGGAGAAACUUCACUUCAAAAGUUUUCUCAGAUCAAUAUUGAUGAGCCAAUGUUUCAGCCAUAUCCAUCAGAAAUUUUCUUUCAAAAUUAUGAACCACAUCAGAUAUACGAAGUACCUUUAACCCUGAGAAAUAACGAUAAAGUACCGAGACUGGUGAAAGUGAGUUCUGUAGAUUCUCCAUAUUUUAAUAUUAUUAGUCCUAAUGAUGUCGGAAAUAAAGUAGGACCAGGAUUACCCACAAUCUUCCGUAUACAAUUUACACCUCACGAAAAAAAGGAUUACACUCAUGAACUGAUUUGUACAACUGAACGGGAAAAAUUUGUAGUUCCUGUUAGAGCUGUUGGUGCCAGAGCAAUUUUGGAUUUUCCAGAUGAAAUUCACUUUCCCAUUAGUCCAGUAAAAUAUUCCAACUCGAAGACGUUGUUGGUCAGAAAUAUUGGAAACCUGGAUGCCAGAUUCUCGUUAAAAACGGAUGGAUCUUUCACAGUCACCGUGUGGCUAUCAUAUGAGCUUAAAAUAAAAUUCAUCACAAGUUUGUGA